GGCCAGCAUGAAUCAAUGCUGCGCACCGAAGGUGCAGGGAUAUGCAAAACCAUUCCAGUCUUUCAUCAAAGCAGAGACACAUGAAUGAAGUGCUCGUAACGUUUCUGUAUUUCAGUUUUUCUCUUCGCAGAGACUGAAUGAAAGUUCGUCUGCCUGUAAGACUGGUAGUUAUCUUCGACCUAGUCAGCUGGCCGAAACAGAUAACGUUAGCUAGCCAAUGCAAACUAGCAAUUUAAUUUUUUAAGCAUAAUUUGAUUCGUUCUAUGUUGCUUGGAGUAACCAUACCAAAGCGUUACGAUAAUUUAAAAAAAAAAAACGAAAAGACGCCUGUUAAUGCAUCCCUGUAAAUGAAUGAAGCGCACGAGAGAAAGGAAACUUUGACAGAUCAGCUAAUUGUAAUUAGCUUGCAAAUGUUAGACCAAACUGUUGGCUGACGUUAUGUCACACACCGGUAAAGUGUGCAACACUAAUGUUACAACUUCUGCCACUGGAGCAAACUUGACCAACUGAGCUAUUAUUUUCCUUUCCAAGAAAGUGUAAACUUACCUUGCUGUCACUAGCGUAUAAGAGAAGGUUAUUGUCCAGCGUGUAUCUAAGCUAACGUUAGGUCGCAUGCCUCCAUGUGUCCAAAACAAACCCCCUCACAACAGCGCCCUCUAACGAGAGAACCGCGGUCUCGUCAAAAUGCCUGCCUUCAUAUGGACUUCAGGUCAAGGGGUUACUACUCAAAAGAUGCUGGCUGUCUGCUCCGACGAAACCUUUCUCUCCUCCGAGAAAUUUUAUUAAAUGAUGAUGUUGUCUUUAAGGAGGUCUGGACCAAGAUUUCAAAGUCCCCCAUUUCCUAUGAAUCUGGAAGAUUAUAUUUUGAGAAUUACAGAUGCUGUUAUACAAGCCAGCAGGCCAAACCAAGACUACUGUAUGAGCUACCAAAAUGCGGCAAGGCAGAAAAGAUUGAAGAUGCCCUAUUUCUCCAAUCACCUCUGGGGAGUACGCUGCCGUCGUCGUCAGACCAGCGGUCCAGCCUCGUGGUGGUCACUGCCGACAGCUGGCUGAGCCGCAUCUCCUCAAACACGGGAGAGGUGCUGCAGAGGGUCUACCUGUCUCCCCAGCACAAGUUCAGGUACCUCAACUGGGAUGAGUCUCAGGAGACUAUUUAUGCCAAGUCUAUUCAGAAGAAGCUCUCCCAUUUGGCCAGACAGGCAGGGCUUGACAAUAGCACUCUGAUGUUUCUGGCUGUCUUCCGGGUGUUUCCGCUACAGCUGGUCGGUGUUCUGGAGAUCAACAAACGAGUGUUUGGGAGCACGGUGGCAGAUGUGGUGCUGUCUCAGGGAGUGCUGGCGGUGUCCCACACCACCAAGUGUGUGAGGCUGUACAGCUUUGAGACGAUUGUUGACAUGUUCAGGACAAAAGAACUGGUUAUUGGAGAACCAUGUGACCUGGGUGGUACUCAAGGGAUUGUGGGAGAACCUCCACUUGGCAUUCCUGUGAACAUUCACAUCACGGAGGCACCCCCGGUGCUAUUUGAGGUGACGUACCACGAGGGGAUCCAGAUCGGGGGGAACCCGUUCCACUUCAUCUACACCCCCAGCCACAAGAAACACAGAGGCACACACCACGUCUGCUCCCUCAAGGAUGGCACUCUGGCUAGAAAUGGGGUUCAGGACAUGAACUGCUGUUCUCUGGAGUCGGACUGGAUCCUCUUCCAUCCGGACCAGUCUGGCAGAAUUAUCCACGUCGGGCCAAACACUAUCAAGUGA